CUGAGCAAACAUCCACUCCGUUGCCGCUUUGGCGCAACAACCUAAGCCGGGUCGCUAUGGUCGCAGCCGCGUCCCGGGAGACCAAUGAGGCAGGCAGGGAGGGAUGGAUGGAGACACGGCCCGUGGGGUGAGGUAAGGGCAAUUUAAGGAAGGGUAAGGUAAUGGUGAGGUCUGGACAAUGGGUAGGGUAAGGUAUGGGUUGGGAGUUUGUGGUGCGGGGUAUAGAAGAGAAUUGCUCAAUGCUCCGCAGAUUCAUGUGAGCCAUGGCCGAGAGAGAGGAGGACGUGGAUGUAGCCGAGGUAGGGGAGGCAUUGCUCAUGGAGACACAAGGCGACACGAACGUGGAGGCACAGGGUGGUGACUCGUUUGUGGAGACGCAGCGUGAUACACAAUUGGGGACGCAAGAAGACAUUCGCGCGGAGAGGCAAGGUGACACGAACUCGGGAACACAAAUUGAGAAGAACACGGUGACGCGCAACGACGCGUUGGAGGCACCUGGAGACCCACACGCGGAAACACACGCGAUCCUAAUUGCGGAGACAAGAGAUGGCACACACUUGGGGACGCGCCGUGACCAAAAUAUGGAAAUACGCGGAGAAAAGCAUUUGGGCACAUCGGGUACGUAUGUGGAGACACCCGACGACACGAAGACGAAACACGAAGACGAUCACGUGGAGACAGAUGAAGACAAUGACCUGGAGAUACACGAACACACACACGUGGAGACACAUGAAGACACCCACGCGGAGAACACAAUUCCGGAGACACGAGACGAGCCAAGCUUGGAGAUUCGGGAGAACACUCCCCUGAAGACACGUGUGGAGACACGUGAAGACACACGCGUGGAGACAGAUGAAGACAAUCACCUCGAGACACGUGAACACACACUCGUGGAGACACAUGAAGACACCGUCGCGGAGAACACAAUUCUGGAGACACGAGACGAGCCAAGCUUGGAGAAACGGGAGAACACUCCCCCGAAGACGACACGUGUGGAGACACGUGAAGACACACGCGUGGAGACACGAGGUGUCCAAAACAAGCAAACAGGGACACAUGGUACCUACAUGGAGACAAAUGAGGACACGCCCUCAGAGACAGAAGAGAACACGCACGUGGAGACACACGGAGACAGAUAUAUAGAGGCAUAUAAGGACACAUACGUGGAGACAAAUGAAGACAAUCGUGUGGAGACCCAUGAGGACACUCACGUGGAGGCACACGGAUACACGCACUUGGAGACAAAGGGAGAUGCCCAAGCGGCCACAGAGGAGGAGCAUGAUGAUGAUCGUCGUGAUGAGGAAGAUUAUGGGAAGGCUAGGUCCUUCAACCCCGACUGCCUUCAUUGGGGAUGCGAGGAGGUGGCUGAUUGGGUCAGCAGCCUUGGCUUCUCACAGUAUCGGGAGUGCUUCAUGAAUAACCACGUGGAUGGCAGGAGACUCAUCCUCAUCAACUGCUCCUCGCUACCGCGCCUCGGGGUCACCGACUUCAACCACAUGAAGGAGCUGUGCCGUGGCGUGCGGGCCCUGCUGGGGGUGCGGGAGCCCCCCUUCACGCGCAGCAUCUACGAGCCUCGACGGGAGCCGUGGGGGCUCUACCUGGAGGCGAGGGCUCGCUCGGGGGCCCAGGCCGACUCGCUCACCUUUGAGCAGUUUGUGCAGGAGCAGCUGUACGCCAAGAUGGAGUAGACAAUGCCAGAGUAAUCAAAGAGCAGGGCUCUGGAACGUUUUACUUGGCGAUGGUCGAAUCGGGACGUUCGCAAAGCUUAGACGGCGCAGCCACACGUACACACACACACACACCUUGGUUAUUGUCGCAUUAUAGGUAAAGGUGCGGACCUGAAAUUUCCUGUUCACGCCACUGCUGGCGGAAGGGCCUUCACGCCGGCCAGACGUCUUGGAAGAGGUGGGAGUAACUCACACUCUGCCCCGACACACACGAUCUGAAGAGUAUACGUUUAGACUACUCGGUGGGCAGAAGUGGGAGUAUGCGGGGACGGGAUUUAAUAAACUUGCACCAAUACUACCGCGCCGGGAAAUCGAACUAGCAACGUAUGUGUGUUGUUGAGCUUCUGUCGCACCGUACGUAGCCAACCGUGCCAAUCGAAGGUGCGGGAUCUCUGCAUUACAAAUCCAGUGCUGCUAACCAUUAUACCACGGGGGCAUCCCUGUUUUCUUCUUAUAAUGAGAAAAAAAUGAGGGCUCGACUCCUCUGAGUGACCUACGUUUAGGAAGAAAACAAAGCCCACCCCCCACCCCACUUAUUUGAGUAAAAACAUGUAUUCACUGGAACUCUUCUGUGUGCACCCACGUAUGUUUUUGAAUAACCUGACAAUUAUCGUGAACCCCCGUCAUUCUGCUGAACCGAGGACACGUGAGCUCUUGUUUUUGCACAGAUUUCCAAAGAAGGCCGUGAUGAUGAAGUUAACAAACAAAAAAAUAUUAAAAAAUUGCAGUCUUCUCAGGUCGAUUUGUGCGGCUAAGAUGCAGUGACGGAUAAAUAUCGUUUGCGGACCAUUGAUGUGGUGGCGGGCCGUAUGAAAUGAUAUCGCGGGUCAUAUCUGACCUGUGGACAGCAAGUUCCCUAUAGCCCCCUGUCGGAGAUGCUUAGCUGGGUAGCAAGGAGUCAGCUGUGAUGGAGAGAGUCUUUGAGCCGUGUCGAUGACAACGAGCUGGCUUUGCAGAUGACGUCUGGGGUUGAAUCUGGGUUUCAAACAGCCGUGAUUAAACUGUUUUUUCUGGUGUUGUGCUUUCAAGAUCUCAGAUCGAGUACAGACGACUGGUCACUCUAAACAUCACAUUACGUUUAAUUUGGCUUCUUCCAGCGCAGAGAAACAAAUGUCGCUGUGUGACUGGCAUUCUCUGCACGGCAUAGGUAUAUCUUUAAUGUGGACAAUAGCCUACUCACGUGAAUUCAGUCUUAGUUUUGUAUAAAUCGUCUCCCGGGACCGUCCUCUGAUAGACAAAGUGGUGCACUGCUCACUGCGUGAGGAAAAUAAUUGGGAGCAAAUUAACGAAGAACCCAGGGAAGCAUUGAAGUCGUCGUAAUCCAGUAAUUGCCUUCAUUAUGAUUGCACUGCGGGCUCCUUUGUAAUAGUUAAAGUUGAUUCACUUCAUGCAUUGUCCUCCCAGGGUUGGCUCAAUCAAUGUCAGUGUAGGAAUACAAACAGAAAAACACGUUUGCUGCUCGUAAAGACAUGCCUUCUGCAUGAACGUUGCAUGUAGAAUGCUCUCUCAGCCGUGUCCAAACCACCAGCUCAUAAGAGCUGAAUGUGGCUCGUAUUUCUGUUUAGGCCACCAUGAAGACACGGGGGCUGUUGCGCAGCUAUGCGUGUCGUUAUUUCUGCGUUGCACACCUGUACGCAUUUCCUGUUGUGGUGUGGUUUCUAAUGACUGUAUAUGCACAAAGUGUUGACUUUAAAUCAAUAUCAAGUCGGCAUCCUGUACUGUGACCUUUUCACAGUCAUUGAGGCUGCAAUGAAAGCACACGCAUCAAAUGCGCCCUUACAGAUCUGUUUCAGUGCAGGCAGUCAGACAUGCAGUUACAAACACUACACAUUGCCCGUUUAGAAAUAUAUAUUUUUAGCAAAUAAAAAUAAAUAAAUAAAAACAUGAUCACCAUAUUGUCACGCAUGUUUGGUGUUUGCCAAAAAGCUCGUGUGCACGUGUUUGCUGCAGAUCGUUGCAUCACAUGACCGUGACGUUAGUUUUAUUUUGUUUAACCAGGUGAGAUCUCAAGAGACCAGAAUCGGUCUAAUUUGCAAGAGUGACGACCUCUUUAAUUUGCUGGUAGGGGACAAUGUCAUUUUCGAAUAUGGAAAAUGUUGGACCCCUGACGUCGGAACAAAAUGGUCUCCUAUUGCGUAUAACGUCGGGGAGUCUAGAAUGUCCAACUGUGAAGCAGACGGCGCGUUUUAAUUAUGGUUAUUAAACCCGCGGUAUUAAUCGGGGUGGCCACUCGUUUCGAACCGUGAAGCUCCACAACAAGUGGCGAACGUUCCACCGCCAG